GCGCUACACUGGCCGCCGGGCUCGCACCGGCUGAGUCUUUCGCUCGCUUCAACGCCCGUGGUCGCAGUCGAUCCUCUGCUCACAACGCCCAGCAUCGCCAAUCUCGGGUGCACGGCGAUGGGUGGAUGGAGGCAGCUCCUCAGAGGGUAGAACUGCCCGCUGCGUUCGAGGAUGUAGAGGCCGAUGUGCUCGUGGAUCUCAUAGCCGAUAUGAUGGAGCGGCUGAUGGCCCACAACGACCGGAUCCCACUGUCGCCGGAGGCCUUGACCAGGUUCCAUUCGCGCUCUGCACCUGGAAUAUCCGUCUUAGACUACUUCAAGCGUAUAGUGAGAUUCACCAAGGUCGAACGCGUCUGCCUCCUGAUCACCCUGCAUUACAUCGACCAGAUCUGCGCGCGCACGCCGCUGUUCACUCUGUCCUCUCUGACUUGCCACCGUUUCGUGAUCACCUCCAUCACCAUCUCGAGCAAGACCUUCUGCGACGUCUUCAGUCUGAACAGCCUCUACGCGAAAGUGGGCGGCAUCCCCGUGGACGAAUUGAACAUGCUCGAAAGGGAAUUCCUUCGCAUGAUCGACUGGCAGCUAACGUGCACUCGUGAAAUACUCCAAGAAUACUACGUCAACCUCGUCCGCACCCACAGCAGGGGCAUCUACUACAUACCUGUCCCCGAGUCGCCAAGCAGCAUCUCGUCCGAUAGCGAUACGGACUGGGACAUGGGCGGAUCUCCGAGGCCAUCAUCGCCCGCCGCAGAGAACUCUACCACUCAGCGGGAGCCGUCCACCAUUCUUAUCGACACCGCCACGCUAUCUCCCCAACCUCCGCGGCCUCCGACCCUGGAGCAGAACAUGGCAUUCGCCGAUUUCCACCAGUCUUCACAGGACCAGCCGGAGGGGCACCCAGGAUGACACUGUAUUUUUACUGUGUAAUUAAGUGUACCACACACCUUGCCAGCGUCCGGCCGGUCCUUUGGGGCAUGUAUCGAUACAUAUCAUUCACCUUGCAC